AUGGUGUACCAUAAUCUCAAGGCCCUGAUCAAAGGAAUAAGGGCCUGCAAGACUGUCGCGGAUGAGCGGGCCCUUAUCCAGCAGGAAUCAGCCGCUAUUCGAGCGUCGUUCAGAGAGGAAGAUGUGUACGCGCGGCACAACAACAUUGCAAAGCUGCUGUACAUCCACAUGCUUGGGUCGCCCGCCCACUUCGGUCAGAUAGAAUGUCUGAAACUGGUCGCGAGCCCGCGAUUCACAGAUAAACGCCUCGGAUAUUUGGGCAUCAUGUUACUUUUGGACGAGAAUCAAGAGGUUCUCACUCUUGUAACAAACUCGCUGAAGAAUGAUAUGAACCACUCCAACAUGUAUGUCGUUGGUUUGGGACUCUGCACAUUCGCAAACAUUGCUUCGGAGGAAAUGUCGCGAGAUUUGGCGAAUGAGAUCGAGAAGCUUCUGGGCUCGAGUAACACUUACAUUCGCAAAAAGGCUGCCUUGUGUGCUCUUCGCGUCAUCAAGAAGGUUCCUGACCUUACCGAUCACUUUAUCUCGAAGGCCAAAAAUCUUCUCACCGAUCGAAACCACGGCGUGCUACUGACAGCAAUAACCCUCACCACCGAGAUGUGUCAAAUUGACCAGAAUUGUCUGAAUGAAUUCCGGAAUGCUGUACCACUACUUGUUCGUAAUCUGAAGGCCUUGGUCACCACUGGAUACAGUCCCGAGCACGAUGUCUCUGGCAUCACAGACCCAUUCUUACAGGUCAAAGUCUUGCGAUUACUUCGUCUACUUGGCAAGGGCGAUGCACGUGCUAGCGAGACCAUGAAUGAUAUCCUGGCGCAGGUUGCAACUAACACUGAUUCGACCAAGAACGUUGGAAAUUCGAUAUUAUAUGAAACCGUUCUGACUGUCCUUGAGAUCGAAGCAGAUUCCGGUUUGCGCGUCAUGGCUAUAAACAUUCUUGGCAAGUUCUUGGGUAAUCGGGACAAUAAUAUUCGAUAUGUCGCCUUGAAUACGCUGAACAAAGUGGUCGGAAUGGACACCAAUGCAGUUCAACGACACAGGAAUAUCAUCCUAGACUGUCUGCGGGACGGAGAUAUAUCCAUCCGGCGGCGUGCUCUUGAAUUGUCAUAUGCGCUUAUCAAUGAGCAGAACGUGCGGAUCCUCAUUCGCGAGCUGCUUGCUUUCCUUGAGGUGGCGGACGACGAGUUCAAGCUUGGCAUGACCACACAGAUAUCGCUCGCUGCCGAACGAUUUGCUCCAAACAAACGGUGGCACAUUGACACUGUGCUUAGGGUGCUCAAGCUGGCUGGAAACUUUGUCCGCGAGGAGAUCUUGUCUGCCUUUAUCCGUCUUGUUGCCCAUACCCCGGAGCUGCAAGCAUACACUGCGUCCAAGCUGUAUACUGCCCUCCAAGAUGACAUCUCGCAAGAGUCACUAACAUUGGCUGCUCUGUGGAUAAUCGGUGAAUAUGGUGAUUUACUCUUCGAAGGCGGCGUCGUGGACGAGGACCAGCCCAAGCAGAUCACCGACAAGGACUUAUUGGAUCUACUGCUUACCACCCUCGACUCGCCCUACGCAAACUCCCUCACCCGUCAAUUCCUCAUGGCAAGUAUUACCAAAUUAGCCUCCAGACCGACGACAAGUUCGCCACAACAACAGCGAAUCGCUGAGGUUCUCGCAAAGUACACCACCAGCCCAGAGUUAGAACUGCAACAACGUGCUGUUGAAUUCGCAAGUUUGUUCACCUUGGGCGAUUUAAGGAGUGGCGUCCUAGAACGGAUGCCGCCUCCGGAGCUCAAAGCUACUGUGAUGGGCAUCGUCAGUGAAAAUAAGCCCGUUGGGUCCACGCAAGGUGGGAAGGAUGCUGAUCUUCUUGGUGACGAGUUAGCACCGCCGACGCCUGUCGUCAAUGGCCAGGCCACGCCCAACAAUCAGGACCUCCUCGCAGAGAUCUUCGGCAGCAGUCCUGCUGCUCCAUCCCCGACUCCCGGUCGCACACCUUCCAUUUCACCGCAGCCCCAGAAGAGCAGUGUCCAAGAUAUUCUUGGUUUGUUCGACUCUUCCCCUUCCCCUUCCCCAGCGUCGCCCGCUCCUGCUCCAUCCGCUGCCAUAUCUGCUUUCGCCACCUUCUCUCCACAACCACAGAGUCAGGCGCCUCCCCGACCUUCUCCGCAACAACAGCAACCACCUGCGCCAAGGCUAAUUGCUUACACCGCCUAUGAUAAGCAGGAGCUCAAGAUUACCCUUACACCUCAAACCUCAGCUGCGCGACCAGGUGUCGUCAAUAUCAUGGCUCGCUUCCAAGUUUCCGGUUCGAAUGCUGCUACCGGGCUCAACUUCCAGGCCGCUGUUCCAAAGUCACAACAACUGCAAAUGCUUCCCAUGUCGAAUUCCGAUGUUAAACCAGGUACCACGGAAACCCAACAAAUGCGUGUGAUUGCGCCGCCUGGUUCCAAUAUACGGCUACGGCUACGUUUAUCAUAUACCCUCGCUGGUCAAGCAGUGCAAGACCAGAUAGAUUUCUCAGGUUUCCCGCCAGGGUUAACAGGUAGCGGUUAG